AUGUCCACUCCCCGCCAUGCUCCCUCUGCCUUCUCGACGCCUGCAUCCACCACCCUCUUCCGCAGGCUGACAUGGGAGGGCACCGUCCCCUUGGAAGUCCGCGUUGACUCCAAGGAGCUCCCAGCCAACAGCGACCGCGGGCUCGAAUGCUACUACAUCCAGGCACCUCGAGUCAGCUAUCUACCGCUCCUGGUACCCGAGAUCAAGCGAUUUCUAAUGGACGUCGUGUUCGAUGAGGCUGCCGCUAGGUUGAUAAAAGAAGAAGACUGGUGGUUUGAGAGUGAGGAGGGUCACUUGCUGAAAUGGCAUUGGCCUAUUGGCCUUAUUUAUGACAACCAUACAAUCAUGUCGUCUGCACGCCUAAACUCGUCUGCUACAGAGCCCGCGCCGCUUCGCCUCAUCCUUCACCUCGCGUCCCCGCCUACGGAAAAGCUCCUCCUAUCACCCAGCACAGAAGCAUGCAAACAGGCCUUUAUGGGUCAGCUCAAAGAGGCCGAUUUUCUCAGAUGGGGAAACACUAAACGAAUGACCGGCCUACGGAAGGCAGAGCAGGAUGGUCUUUGGGAGGGCAUCAAGGAACAUAAUUUCGAGGAGUACUGGCGCGUAGCCUCCAAAAUUACACCGACUACGACACCUAUGCGAUCUCACUCCCCACCUCCAUCCUCAUCCGCAUCGAUGCACACACGUCCGCCAUCUGCCGAUCCUGGCUCUAAUCCAGGCCCAGAUCGCGACGGCGCUUACAACGUCCGUAGUGUUCCUGUGCGUAUAUACCUACCAGACGGACCAGUGCUCCAGGAUCUCGUGCCUACCAUGUUAGACGAUGGUGUCGCGCACACGCUUUCAAUCUUUUUGACGACUCACUUACCGCUGUUAUUCUCUUCUGAUCGGGAGCCCCUUGCAUAUGCCCUCGUCCAAGGGGUGAUGGUUCCACCUGAGGCGGAGAUGGCUUGGCUUGGUGCUUGCAUGGCUGGAGCGGACGGAUGGGUUAAUGUAUGUAUAGGCUUGAUCCGUGAAGAGAAUCUUCGAUUCCGUUGA